AUGGCAGCCAUCGCGCCUGAGAUUGCUCAGCAGGUGAAUUCCAUUUUGGGAUCCUGCAUGGGACCAAUGGGUCAGUGGCAGGAGGACUUCAACUACACCAAGAUGGCUAUGGACCUUUGUCAUGGAGGGCCUGUGCAGCACUAUGCUCGACAUGUUGGCAAAUUUGUUCAGCUGUAUGGAGGCAAGACCCAGUUUGCAAAGACUACUUUGCAUCCAAUGGUCAAGAUUGCUUUGGUGGUGACAAACUGUACCACAGAGAAGAUUGUUGAUUCAGUGGCCAAGCUCAUCACAAAGACUGAUGUGGCUGGUUUGAAGGCCAAGAAGAUGCAUCCCAAGGUCAAUGAGGUGGAGUCUUUGCUUGCAACCUUUUGGGAACAACUCAAGGCAUCAAAGUUGGAGCAGCCCAUGCAGUUCAAGAUGUUUGGCAAAGCCUGUAUUCGAUUUGCCUUGCAUCUCACAUCCAAAGAGAAAAUGGGCACAGAAGGAAAGACCAGGAGCAUGGAAGAGCUGAAGACUCUCAUGGAGUCUGAUUUGGCCACAGCUGGUGUUGGCUCAAGUGCUGCCAGUGCUGCUUCAUCCACCACUGCAAAGCCACCAGCUGAGCAGGAAGUGCCUUAUGACUUGGACCAGGCCAACAACCCCAUGUUUUUGGCCAAGCAGCUUUUGGACCUUGCUGUAGGCAAGAACUACACUGUGAAGGAUCAGCCAGGGCGCAUUUGGGCUUUGACAGAGAUUGGGGAGACCCACAUCGUGUUGAAGCAUUACCCUUUGCUUGAACCAACCAAGAUCUGCACUAUGAAGUUUGAGGCUACAGAAAUUGCAUGCAAUAUCAAGCCAACAAAGCAGAAAAUGCCCAAGCUCUUUUCUGAUGAGCAAUUGCAGCACCUCAUUGUCUCCAAGCAGCCAUCAGCCAAAGUCUUUGGAGAGAUCAAGUGUGAAGGUACCCUGUACUACAUCAUCCCCAUGAAGCACCCUAAGUGGAAUGAUGAGACUGGUGAGUAUGAAGGCAGUUUGAGUCCCUUUUGGGUGUGCAAAGAGAUUGAAGAGGGCCAGUUGGAGUACAAGUGGGUCACCUUCAGCCACAAGCUUGGGGACAUUGAGAUCAAGAUCCUCACCAACAAAGACAUGGUCACUGCACAUUCUGAGUUGGGCAUGAGAUCCAUGGCUGUGUUUGAAGCAGCACCAUCCAAGAAAGCCAGGAAGGCAUAA